GCUGUUAUAGGCGGAAACCAAGCAUGGCGUUUAUGCUGGCGGUAGUCCCACGUUGCUGCGCAACUUGCGUGAGAAACUUCUGAUUGGUCCGUGCUGCAGGCUGUCAGACGAGGACGGGAACCCGACUGACGCUGCUGGAGGCCGGGCUGCUGGGGGACAGAGCUAGGGAUCCUUACUGGCCACUGAGCUGUUAUCAGUGGAAGACGUUUAUAGAUCCUCAUCUUUCCGCUGUGAUCUGACGCCAUGUGGUGGCUGCUGUGGCCGGCGGUGGCGGCGGUGGCGCUGCUGCUCGCCGGGACACUGCUGGGCCGCCUGCUGCCGCGGAGGCACACAGCGCUGGCCGGCCGGCACGUGCUCGUCACCGGCGGCUCCAGCGGCAUCGGCCGCAGCCUGGCCGUGCUCUGCGCCAAACAGGGCGCGCACGUCACUAUCGUGGCGCGGGACGAGGCGCGCCUGGAGGAGACCAAGCGCGAGAUCCAGGCGGCGGUGGAGGGCGCGCGCGUCCAGUGUCUGUCCCUGGACGUGGCCAAGGACGCGGCGGCGGUCAGGGACGCCAUAUUCCGCGCCGAACAGGAGCUGGGCCCGCUCUACUUUGUCGCCUGCUGCGCUGGAUUCGCGCUGGCGCAGCGCUGCGAGGAGAUGCCGAUUGCCACGCAUCGGCGGCUGAUGGAGGUCAACUACUUCGGGGUGCUGAACGUGCUGCACGCGGCCGUGCCCGGUCUGAAGGCGCGCCGGGAGGGCCGUAUCGCCGUGGUGACCUCACUGGGCGGCGUGGUCGGCCUGUGGGGCUUCACCGGCUACUGCGCCUCUAAGUAUGCGCUGGUGGGCCUGUCGCACACGCUGCUGCAGGAGCUGAAGCCAUACGGCGUGGGCGUGACGCUGUGCUACCCGCCCGACACGGACACACCCGGCUUCGAGCAGGAGAACCGCACCAAGCCAGAGGAGACGCGGCUCAUCUGCGAGACCGCCGGCCUCUUCCCGCCCGAGAAGGUGGCCCAGAAGCUGCUGGACGACGUCAUGGCCGGCACCAUCAACAGCACGGUGGGCACUGAGGGCAUGCUGAUGACGACUGUCGGCCUCGGCAUGGGCCCCGUGGGCUCGGCCGGCCAGCUGGCGCGCGAAGUGCUGCUGAUGCCCGUCUUCAGGCUGGUCGUCGCCUUCUUCCACAGGUCCUGGGACGGCAUCGUCAGAGACUGCAUGCGCAAGAGGGAUGAGAGCAAGAAGAGCGAGUGAUAUGGGGCCUUGAUGGGUGUGUAGUUAAUCAAACGGUACAUAAUGAGGCGCUUGCAGUUGCACUGCGGGGGAUGCGCUUUUGCGUUUCGUUAUCACGCCUUCGGAGGGCAUGGUUGAUAACUAUUUUGGUGCCGUUGUUGCCAUAAUCUUACUCAGUGGGUACGCUUUGUGGUUAUGCUUAAGUGAUAUUUGUAUGCAUAAUGGAUCCUAUUUUGUUGUACUUACGUAGAAAGCGGUAAUCGGUUUUGAUAUAACCUCUGGUCUGGGGUUGGAAUAAAGACGCACUGGCCUGCUGGCAGUUAUCCACCUGAA